GGCUCCGCCCCGUGACGCGGGCCCCGCCCCCAGCGCCCGCUUCCAAGAUGGCGGCGGCGAUACCUGCCCGGCCGUCCGAGUGGCGGUGACGACGGGGAGCAGACCAGGCCACUCCAAGGUGACUGGUUCUCCUUGAUCGCUUCUGUUCCCGCUGGUCCCAGAUUGGCUGUUGGAAUGCCUUUUUCUGUCUUCCGUGCCAGUUCCAAUUUUAGAUAAUGCCUCACAUCUCUGCUCCCCGGGGACCUCCUGGAGCCCCCAUGAUCCGGAAGAAGACAGCCUGAACACAGAAAUUCCUUCCCUCUCUCCUUAGCCCUCGGCAGGAUGUUGCGGAGGCUGCUGGAGAGGCCCUGCACACUGGCCCUGCUUGUGGGCUCCCAGCUGGCAGUUAUGAUGUAUCUGUCACUAGGGGGCUUCCGAAGCCUUAGUGCCCUCUUUGGCCGGGACCAGGGCCCAACGUUUGAUUAUUCUCAUCCCCAUGAUGUCUAUACUAACCUCAGUCACCUGCCCGGGGCCCCUGGAGCCGCAGGGGCUCUCCCAGCUCAAGCUCUGCCUUACUGUCCAGAGAGAUCUCCUUUCUUAGUGGGUCCCGUGUCAGUAUCGUUUAGCCCAGUGCCAUCGCUCGCCGAGAUUGUGGAGCGGAAUCCCCGGGUGGAGCCAGGGGGCCGGUACCGUCCUGCGGAAUGUGAGCCACGCUCCCGGACGGCCAUAAUCGUGCCCCACCGUGCCCGGGAGCACCACCUGCGGCUGCUGCUCUAUCACCUGCACCCCUUCCUACAGCGCCAGCAGCUUGCAUAUGGCAUCUAUGUCAUCCACCAGGCUGGAAAUGGAACGUUUAACAGAGCCAAACUCCUGAAUGUUGGGGUGCGGGAAGCCCUGCGUGAUGAAGAAUGGGACUGCUUGUUCUUACAUGAUGUGGACCUCCUUCCAGAAAAUGACCAUAACCUCUAUGUGUGCGACCCCCGGGGACCUCGCCAUGUUGCUGUUGCCAUGAACAAGUUUGGAUACAGCCUCCCGUACCCUCAGUACUUCGGUGGGGUUUCGGCCCUCACUCCUGACCAGUACCUGAAGAUGAACGGCUUCCCCAAUGAAUAUUGGGGCUGGGGUGGUGAGGAUGAUGACAUCGCCACCAGGGUUCGCCUGGCUGGGAUGAAGAUCUCCCGACCCCCCACCUCUGUGGGGCACUAUAAGAUGGUGAAGCACAGAGGCGAUAAAGGCAAUGAGGAAAACCCCCACAGAUUUGACCUCCUGGUCCGUACCCAGAAUUCUUGGACACAAGAUGGAAUGAAUUCACUGACAUACCAGUUGCUGGCUAGAGAGCUGGGUCCUCUCUAUACCAACAUCACUGCAGACAUUGGGACUGACCCUCGAGGUCCUCGGGCUCCCUCUGGUCCCCGAUACCCACCGGGUUCCUCCCAGGCCUUCCGACAAGAGAUGCUGCAUCGCCGGCCCCCAGCGAGGCCUGGUCCUCUGCCUACUGCCAACCACACAGCUCCCCACGGUUCACACUGAUUCUUCUCUGUCCACUUUAAUCAUGAAACCGAACCAGAGGGGUCGUGUUCCCCACGCCCUCUGCUCCUCACUGCUUUCGGAGGGAUGUGAGGGAACUAAACCCUAGUGCUGUGCUGGGGGGCAGGGACCUCUCCUCACUGUUAGACUGGAGCUGGGCUCCUCUAGACCUGGAGGUUCCUCUUUCUAGGGGCCACCUGUCAGGGCUUAUGACUGUGAAUCCUUGAUGUCAUUUUAUGUGACGAAUCCUAGGAGUCCCCGGCCCCCGGGGUAGGCAGGCGCAGGGCAGGACCCCAAGCCCCUUCCUCGUCCAUGGAUGUCACUCCUUUCCAAGAGUGACCUGGCUUCUCCUGGGACCUCUGUGAAUAUUUAUUCUAUUUAUGGUUCCCAAGAAGCUGUUCUGGUGGAGGAAGCCCCUACCAGGGCAUUUCCUGCCCGUGCUGGAGUAGCUCCUGUGGUCUUGGCCCAGGGGGCUGGGAUUUUGAUACCUUUUCUAAUAAAGGACUUAGUCUCA